AUGAUCUCCAUAGCCAAGAGGCAUUCUGAGUGGACCCCCUCAAUACCCAGCAUCUGUCAUCACCGGUCUCACGCCACUUCUCGACGGCAGUUCCUUCUAGUCGGCCGCCACCUCUUGUUGGUUGAUUCUCGUCUUCUCAUGUUUGAAGCCAGUCAGUCCCAACAUCGAUUGUCAUAUUUAAUUUCACACUGCCGCCUCCCCUUUGCUGGUCUUGUACGAACAACGCCUCUUUCAAAUCGUCCUCACCGGAAACAGCUAGAGGACGAGGUUGAAAAUAGACGGCACGCCGACAAGGAACUCCGACGAGAAGCCGUAGACUCGACGCUGGUAUCCUGCUCGUUCAAGAGCCGUCAAUUGUCUGCUCUCGGUCGCCAGGUUUGCUGCUUCAGCCACGAACAAGGCCUGCUCUCGCUCGGUGUGCUCGAGUACUCAUUGGUCGCCGGAACUGGUGCUCUAGGUCGCCAGUUUGCUGCCUUGCCGAGAGGAAAAGUUGUACAAAUUGGAUUGUGA